AUGGUGUUGGAAUAUAUCACGACAGCAAAUGUUUCAUACUCAUCUAUCAAUAAAUUGAAAACCAUAUCGCUUACUGCUAGUCAUUAUAACAUUAGAUAUUUUUUACUAAAUCAAUUACAACUUCUUCAAAUGAUCAAAGAAUAUCAACCUAUGAUAAUAUCAUUAAAUGAAUUAGGAUCACAUACAGAUAUGAAAAGCAUUGAACAAGUAUUGUUAGGUUAUGAAAUUAUAAAAGCAAAAGGUACAAAUAGACAUGGAGGUGCUAUUUCAACAAUAGAUAAACGCAUUCAAUUUGUACCAAUAAACCUGCAUAAACCUAAUAUUGCUGCUGCAACUAUUAGUCUCAACGAUUCUACGUAUGCUAUUACUUCCAUCUAUUCAUCAUCAAAUACACCUUUACCAUUAGAAGCUAUGUCAUUGUUACUUACAUAUUCAAAUUACACUAUUCUUCUAGGUGAUUUUAAUGCUAAACAUCUAGACUGGGGAUGCUCAAUAAUCAAUUCAAAAGGUGAUCAAUUAUCAAAAUGGAUUAAUGAUAAAAAUCUAACUGUUCAUAAUACAAAUAUGAGAACUUCACUUCGUUCAUCUACUAUCAUUGAUUUAGUUAUUACAAAUCAGCAACAUGAAUCAAUUGAUGGUAAAUUACUGCCAUAUACUUGUAGUGAUCAUUUUCUUAUCUUUAUUGAAUUCUCAAACAUUUUAUUUUCAUGCAAAUAUGAACAAUUUAUACCAAAAACGUAUUAG